AUGGCGACGGCAACGAGCAGCCUGACGCCGGCUGCGUCGAGCGCGGUGCUGAGCUCAGUGCUCGCUUCUGCCUCGUCUGUCUUUGCGUCUGCCUCUGCAGCGAGCGCAGCAGCGGCUUCUGCAACCGCUUCUGCGUCUGGCAACGCGAUACAGCCGACGAGCUACAAGCUCAUCGGCGUCUUGCUCGCUGUCGUCUCGGGUGUGCUCAUCGGCUCCAGCUUUGUCUUCAAGAAAAAGGGCUUGCUCGCCGCCCAAAAGGAUGCCAACGUCGUUGCCGGCGAGUCGCACGCGUAUCUCAAGAGCCCGAUGUGGUGGACGGGCAUGACACUCAUGAUCGUCGGCGAGAUCUGCAACUUUAUCGCCUAUGCCUUUGCGCCCGCUAUUCUUGUCACGCCGCUGGGCGCGCUGUCCGUCGUCAUAUGUGCCAUCCUGUCUGCGAUCUUCCUCAAGGAGCGCCUCACGUUCUUUGGCAAGAUCGGCUGUGCUCUCUGCAUCAUCGGCGCAACGAUCAUCGCUCUCAACGGUCCCGAGGAACAAUCCGCUGCAACCAUUCUCGAGUUUCAGCACUUGUUCUUGAGCAUCGGCUUUCUCAUCUUUGGCAGCGUCGUCAUCCUCGCUUGUCUUGUGCUCAUCUUCUUCGUCGCGCCCAAGUACGGCAAAGAGAACAUCUUUGUCUACAUCAGCAUCUGCUCGCUGAUCGGCGGCCUCUCCGUCUCGUGCACGCAAGGGCUCGGCUCGUCCAUCGUGACCAGCAUCCGGGGCCAGAACCAGUUCAAGCAUUGGUUCAUCUACUUUCUGCUCGCUUUCGUCGUCGUCACCCUCCUGACAGAGAUCAACUAUCUCAACAAGGCCCUAGAGCUGUUCAAUACGGCCACCACGACGGCAAUCUAUUACGUUCUCUUCACGACAGCCACUUUGGUCACCUCUGUCAUCCUCUUUCAGGGCCUCAAGGCGAGCGUGACCCAGAUCGUAACCGUCGUCUUCGGUUUCCUCGUCAUCUGUUGCGGCAUCACGCUUCUACAAAUGAGCAAGAUCGAUCCCAACGAGCUCAAGCUCGACAGGCGCUCGACCAUCCUGCUUUCGCACAGCCGCGUCGAGCCGAGCGCGGACGAAAAGGGUCUCGAGCACGAAGAGCCUGGCGUUGACGCAAUACGAGGCGGCUUUGGCGCCAUCGGCUCGAUCUACCGAGCCAGGAGUGCACGUCACUCGAUCAUGAGUGCCAGCAGUCUAGAGCCUCGGCGUCGCCAGCAACAUCACCAGCGUCCCAGCGACGCCUGCGACAGCAAGGAACUCGACCGAAUGAACGGACACUAUGAUGCCGUGACGCGUCAUCAACUCUGGGACAAGCCGAUGCCGGAUGAUGCGGCAGACAAGAUCAGGCUGCACUCGCCAAACGCCGAGCCAGCGAGGAUGUUGCCCCAUCUCGAGAGCAACACGUCUCGACCAUCACGAGCGCAAACCAUCGGGUUCAACGACAACGUGACUGAGCACAGAUAUCCUCAGCAGGGCAGCGCGGGCAUUGUGCACUCUCAACAUGCGCACAAAACGAAUUCGGGUGACAGCGCUGCGACCACGAUGCGCUCUGAUCAUCGGCGAGGGGCGUCGCAGUACGGCCAGUCUGGCAAGGGCCAGCUCUGGCUGGGGCCGUAUGACCAGGCAGAUUCAGCGCAAGCACUUUACGAAGAUCCGUACGAGAUGGCGCCAUCCGAUUUCGGCCCUCGACCGGCCCCGUCACCGCCCGUCUUUGCCAGCUCAGGUACGGAUCGAACGCCUCGACCUUUGCCAAGCAUCAACACUGAUCCACUUUAUCAAACCCAACAGCACAAUAAGCCCAGGUCGCACGGCAUUUAUCUGCCCCGACAUCUGCCGCGUAUACCCGGUCUCCAUGGUCAAGAGCCGGCGGUGGCGAGCCACCGUUCGCAGAGCAGUGUUGCACAGCUAGCAGCGCAGCGCAACAGUGCAGCAGAGGACGAAGAGGACGAGCUGGCCGGGCUGGUUUCGCCGACUCGGGCUGGAUUCCCACUGAGGGAGACGGAACUUCGGCGACAGACUACACGCGCACGUCGCUCGCGCGCGCUCUUGCACGACCUGUCCGAUCAGGUCUACCUCGCCGAGCGCCGCGUUCCCGCCUGCAGAUCUUCAGACCGAAGCAGCUGCCGCACAGUGCGCAGGGCGAGCUGGCUGACCUUUUGGUUCGCCAUGGCGCCGCUGCUACCGACGACGAAAGACUCUGACGUAGCGUCGACGGCGGGUAAUGGGUCAGGAGUGCCGGGGCCUACUCGCGGAUCGACUAGCUACGCAAGCCCUGCCGGGAGCGCGGGCAGCAGGAGCAAGACUGCACUGGCCAAAGCGAGGAUAUUAGCCAGACGGAUCCUCAGCUCGAACCAGAUGGAUUUCGAGCUGGCAGCCUGGCAGCUGACUUACUUGUGUAUCGCUCCAAGGCGGGUCUACCGCAAUGUGUACUAUCACAAACAGACCAAGAACACAUGGGCGAGGGAUGAUCCGGCCAUGCUGCUCCUCAUCUCGCUCUGUCUGACCACGGCAGGGCUGCUCUGGUCGAUCUUCUAUGCUCAUUAUUCACUCUUGAUGGUCGUACGGACGACACUCUACAUGGUCUUUGUGGACUUUCUGCUCGUCGGUGUCAUCGUCGCGACCUUGCUCUGGGCGCUGUCGAAUCGAUUCAUGACGCACUCGUCACAUACUCAUGCGACUGAGCAAGAAGUAGAAUGGGGCUACUCCUUCGACGUGCACUGCAACAGCUUCUUUCCCAUGUUUCUGCAUCUCUACUUGGCUCAGCUCGUGCUCUCGGCUGUCGUGACACGCGACAAUUGGGUCUGUCUCUGGGUCGGCAACACGCUCUACCUGGCAGCAUUUGCGCAGUACAUCUACGUGACCUAUCUCGGCUACAACGCGCUGCCCUUCCUGAUAAGGACAGAGCUGCUGCUCUUCCCGGCUGUACUGUUGCUCGGACUGUACUUUGUCAGCUUACUCGGCUUCAACGUUGCCAAGUGGACGCUCGCCGCUUACUUUGGCGUUUGA